CCAUCACGCUAUACGUACAGCGCAAUACGACCAUAAAACUUUAGAUGAAUAAUAAAUCACGUAAUUUUUCAGGUUUCCUGACUGACGCAUUCAUCGUCUUUGCUACAGAAGCAAUGCGCGCAUGCCCGUCGGCACCAUUCGUCUGCUUACCGCGGGUCCUGAUGCUGACCAAAGAACCGCAUUACCCGAACAGACUCACUGGCGACUACAACGCAAGUUUUAAGUUUUCUUUUAUCGGUCAUAUGUAUAUCACACCGAUAGCUCACAUGGUUACCGUUAGAAAUGCGUGUACUUCUUAAACGUCAGUCACCCAGACGCUCAAGAUGCCGCUUGGUGUCUUAAGGAGGGGGAAGGGACCGACAGCGAAAGGAGGCAACGAUCCAGUUUAAACUAGUUCUGUACAAUGCUACUAAAUGCGACCUUAUUCAAAUCAAGACAAUUCUCUAUUGCGACUGAUGUUCAAUGAACAAGCGAAAAUGCAUUACUACGGGUAAAACAGGCAGAUUAUUUUAUCGUGGAUAUGACCCGUGUUCAAAUAUCAUCCGUGUAGCAACAAUAGAUUAAGUAAUUCGCAUGUAUUAUUAUUAAUCCUUUGAACAAUGCAAUACCCAGUUAAUUCAGACCCAUGCGUUUUUCAUUUUCUAAAAAGAAUAACUCCAAACUAUGUGAGGCAUGUGUUGCAUCAGAAGGUUUUAUCUGAAACAAGCAGACAGGAAAGACGGGAACCCCGUGGAUAUGACUGCCACGAGAAAAGGGCGGGCUGCGUGAACAAAAACCCCUAACAGACAGCACUGCACUGCAGCAAAACCGUCACUCUUAUCCACAUGCUUCCACAGCGUCCACGGGCGCACGGAACGCAAAAGGGUACUUCGCGCAGGCUAGACGCAGCAAAGACAUUCCCAGCCAGUCGUAGCUCAGCAUCGACAUCUGUGUGUGUUAGCAGUCAACAACAAAUGACACGAGAUCGGUGUUCUGACUGAGGACACGAAGCGUUCCGUGAUAACGUCACGGGGCGCAUCGUAACGCGACGCAAAUAUCAACUGUUCUUACCCCAAGACAUAGCUGUUGCGCUUGAAGCGCUAUUGGACGCUUCAUAUGAAACGAAGCGAUAGGUCUAUCCUCUAGCUACCCUUCCCCCAAAACACACAUGUGCGGAAUUUCGCCAGAAUGCUUGGUAGAACUAGGAUUUUUUUUUCCCUUUUUUUCUUUUCUGAAACACGUUAGGGUAUUUCUCCUUUGAGCAAUCUCCCCAAGCGCUGUUAUGUGGCGAAGGACUUACAUCCAAUCAGCGGGAUGAGGAGACCACUCCUACCCCAGAAUCUGAAUGCGCCGGGCAUGUCGCGCUAUAAAUACCGCCUGAACUACGCCGGCAUCUCUUGGUCGUGAGAAAGCUCAGGUUUGCAGCUGUACAUUUGUCUUCUCCCUUUCCAUAACAAAACCCCCACCGUCUAUUUUUCGUAUUUUCUCCCCAAUUUCAGUUUAUUCGAGGCCAGUUGCAUGCAUUGUUCGUCUCCCAAAAUGGUUUGCGAGACUAAAAUAGUUGCAGACGAACACGACGCCAUACCUGGGACAAAAAAAGAUUCUAUUAUUGUUUCCUCCUCACAAAUGUGGACAUCUUCUUCGUCGACUCCCGGUGCGUUCGAAAGUAAAGAUUUGAAACGGGACCAGGUUUUUAUACGCGAGUUUGAGCGCUCGGACCAUGCGGAGGUGCGACGCAUCUUCUGUGAAGGCAUCAUGGAGCGGAUACCCAACACAGCUUUUAGGGGUCUAAAACAACAACCACACACUCAGUUUCUUUAUGUCCUGCUCACAGUAAUGUGCUUUGUUAUGACCAAGUCCGUCAUGCUGACGUUCUGUACACCGUUCUUUCUAAUGGGAGCGCGCUAUUACUACAGCAGGAAAGUCAUCUUCAGUUACCUGGACUGUGCUCUCCAUACAGACAUGGCUGAUAUUGACUCAUACUACAUGACACCUACAGGUUCCUGUUUCUGGGUGGCAGUUCUGGAGGGCCAGGUGGUGGGCAUUGUAGCGGCACAGGGACGAGAAGACGACAAUACUGUGGAGCUGCGGCGCAUGUCUGUGGACUCUCGUUUCCGUGGGAAGGGCAUCGCUAAGGCGCUGGGGCGACGUGUUCUAGAAUUUGCCAUGCUCAACAACUACUCAGCCGUGGUUCUGGGAACGACGGCAGUCAAGAUGGCCGCCCACAAGCUGUAUGAAUCACUGGGUUUUCAGAGGGUGGGCGAGAGCGAGGACUACACUCUUCCUGGGAUGAGCCGCUCACCAGUUGAGAGGCUCUUCUUCCAGAUCCGUUACAGCCGCUAUCGGCUACAGCUUCAUGAAGAGUAAGAGAAUGAGAGAGUGAACGGAAGCAUUAAGGAAAGAAUGAACGGGAGAAAGCACGUGAGAGAGUAUGAACGCUGACCACAACUCUCAAGUCACAAAAACCUAGUUCACUUCUAAACUUUUUUUUUUUUUUUUUUUUUUAAAAGGUCAUAAGUGCUUUCUACAACUGUUCCAUGCUCAAAACUAAGUUUUUAUUUGCCUUACUGUUUUACUUGUUUUAGUUUAUUUUUCAAGUUAGUGGAUGUUUUUCAUCCAUUCUUUUCAUUAUGUUUUUACCCACAAGAAACUGUCAAUCGAGCCUCUAAAUGAAUUAUAUAUAUAUAUAUAUAUAUAAUUCACACACACACACACACACACACAUAUAUAUAUAUAUAUAUAUACACACACACACACACACAUACAUAUGGUAUAGAAAUUAUUCAUUUAUUAAGAGAAACACCCCUAAACAUAUAUCCACACAACAAACCAAGGCCAUAGGUUGGUCUGUCAGACUCUCCUUUACAUCUAUUGUAAGGGCUCGUCUGUUAGCUAUAGCUUGUACUUUUUUGAAAGAUGGCAGGGGUAUAGAGGGGUAUAGAGGAAAAAAGAUGAAUGGAGUUCAGGCUCAAUCUACUCUUUCUGAACUUGUCCUGAACUUUAUAAACUGGGAAGGAAGGUGACACUCAGAAGUAGUGUUUGACUGAAGCACAGUUUUUUAUGUGUCUAAGCACAGUCUUUUAUGUGUCUUAAAUACAAAAAGAGAAAAACUAAAAGUCUCUACUCAAAGAGUUUUACAUAAUUUCAUGGUGAUUUUACUAACUGUGAAGAGGCAAGAAGCCCUGUACAAAACACACACAAUACACCCACACCCACACACAACCCAUUACAUUGUACAAUCCUUUAAUAUCACUCAAAAAACACCCACACACCUAUUAAAUAAUUAUUGUCAAUUUAGGAGACACUGAUGUGCAGUCAGUGAAACUGGGUUAAAUGUGUUAUUUUGGGUUUAAUGUGAUUGUUACAGAAAUUCAACUAAAUUUCACAACAAUUGGACCAUUUAUUUCCAUUAAUCAUGCAGGUUAUUUUAGUAUGUAUAGCUCUUGACUGAAUAUUUACAAAAUAAUAAUUUUAUCAUUGACAUAAAAGAAAAUUAUAAAUUAGAAUAAAUUAAAAUGUCUGAAUUAAAAACUAAUGUUCUUCUAAUGUUGCUGUUUCAUGCAUGCAAUACUUAAAUUCUAAAGAUACUGCAGUGAGGACUCCCAUUGAACAUAAUUUGGUUUACAUCUAAGCAAUAUUUUGAUUAAACAUGAAUUUGAGGACAUAAGCACAAAUGUAAAACAAAUGACUGCAAAAACACAAAACAUAUAAACCUCUAUAUUUUACAUAAAAAAAAACAAUGUCUACAUGAGAAAUAUAUGUAGACAUAUUCCAUGACAGAAAUAACCCUAAUCUCUCACCAUCUCCAUUCUCCUUUCACAGUACCAGCAAUGGGAGAGAUACAAACCACAGCAAGCCUCAUUUGUGACAUAUCUUGUAUAAAGUUAAGAAACAAAAUGUGAUUAAAAAAAGUAAAGUAGUGAGAGAAACCCCCUGACCCCCAAAUGACCCUUGGCAAUUUUCCUUGACUUGACUUUUCCCCCCACCCCCAUCCAAUAAUCUGACUGCAACCCUGGGCCAGACCCCUCCUACCCCUUUACCCCACUCCCUCAACCCAUCCCCAUCUUUGCAUGCGCCACUGAGCCUUGUUGCGCUGCUUUUUCUCCAUUCAAGCUUGUUCUUUCCCAAAAAAUCCCCUCUGUGAUGUCAUAGUAGCAAUGGAGAAUCCUCAGUAGCUGAGUGAAGGAGCCAAGAAAGGCUGAUGCCGAUUGAUGUAUGUGUGGUUACUCUAAAAAGUUAAGAGAUACAUCUUCUAGCUCAGUGCUUCGAUGACAUCACAGCUGCCAAAAGUAGAAUGCAAAAGCAAUGCAAGUGUGUGGCAUGCCUCUGUACCUGAUUUGUGCGUACGGUGCCUGCACUAGAAACGAAGUACACUCUGUUUAAAAUAUGUAAGAGAAGCUUCUUUUUUAGCUGAACAUAUAACAACGUGAGUCUUUAAAAGAAAACUACUGUUAAAAGAAACUACUGUUUUGCAUGAAACAUGACUUUGAAUGAAAAUGUUUAAAGAAACAUGAUCUAUCAGAAUUGAAGUCUUAACAGUGGAAUUAUUUUGUUUUCAUGUUAUUUGUUUAAUGUACAAGUUUUUAAGUUGUUUUCACCAUAUGUUAUCAAGGUGGUGAAUAUUAUUUUUUCUGUAAGAGGCCCUAGAAAAUUAUUCAGCUGAAUACAGUAUUAGGUAUAUUUCACCUUACAGGACCAGUGCUAAAAUCUUUUUAUGAUACAAAGUCUUAUGACACAAAUGGCUUUAAGAGCUUCUUACAGUAAAAACUAGGACCACUCACCUUGCUUAGUCAUGUAAGUUGAAACGAGCAAAUCACAGAACAAAAAAGAAAGGUUUUCUGACUGAAAUUAAAUUAGAUCACUUAUUUGUUAAACUUUGACAUCAUACAUACCAGGUUCCUUGAACACUGAGUGUAGCACUAUGUUGUUGUAGCCCAGAGACAGACAACUGUCAAAAUGCAAUGCUUUCAGAGAAACUGUACUAAUGUAGAGGAUGUCUGAUAUUUUCUUUCUUUUUUUUAAAAUUGAAAUUAAUGCUGCUGCAUAGAUCCAUAGCUGACAGGCUAAUAAUGCCACUUAAAGCAGAUAACGUAAAAUUAAUAAUAAUGGGGACUUUGCUAACAAAGUCUGCAGGUUUUGCUAAUACAAAGGUAAACUCAUGAGAGAAUGUUUGAGGCUACAUGAUCACUGUUUACCACUGGUUUUAUGCACUCACGGCUUCUGUAACAAAAACAGCUCUGCAUAUCUUGAUGUGUUUCUCACUUUGGCAUAAAAGCCAUUCUGGUUAAAACAUUUGAAAAAUCAAUUCAGAAACAAGGAAAUUAGCAACUUUGAUAAAUUGAAUAAUUAAACGCUUUCAGUGUUUACCACUGAUUUAUGAAGAUAAUAAAAUAUUCAUUAAAUGAAA